AUGAUCCUACAUCGAUAUUUUUGGUUUUUCUUACUUAUUAAAACACAGACUCCAAAACAAAACUUAAAAAAACGUUAUACUGAUGAAUCCACAAUUUGGGUUAACAGCAAUGGGAAACGUCCAUUAUACAAACCAAUUUGUGGAUAUACAGGUACAGAUUGCCCUCCAGAUAUGACUACUUAUAUUAUUAUUGCAAUUGGUUUGGUUGUAUUAAUUGUGUUUAGUUUUACUUUUGGAAUUGGUUAUGCUAUUAGAGAAAAAAAGAAAGAAAAGCGAAGAUUAACAAAAGAAUGCAUUAUUCCAUUUAUUGAAUUGAGAAAUUUAAAAGAAAUUAAAAAUAAUGAUGGAAGUAAUUUAGAAAUUAAUAAAAGUUUGAGAAGUAUUCAAAGCAAUAGUAAUUUAUCUACAAACACAAAAUUAACAGCAAAUAUUGAAAGCAAAAAAUUGGAAACAGAAAAUUAUUCCCAUUUUUUGUAUAAUAGAGAAGUUGUUUUUGGAAUUAAAUAUCAAGUUAGAGUUAGAAUAUUUAAUGAAGAUUUAACACAAUUAAGAAAGAUAAAACAAUUAGAUCAUGAUAAUUUAAAUAAAUUUUGUGGGGUUUGUACAGAUGCACCUAUUUUGUAUGGAAUUUGGAAAUAUUGUCAGAGAGGGAGUUUAAAGGAUUUAAUUGCCAAAGAGCAAUAUGUCGGUGAUUCUUUUGUGAUGUUUACUUUAAUGAGGGAUAUAGCUAGUGGAUUAAUAGCUUUACACGGGUCAUUUAUUGGAGCACAUGGAAUGCUUUCUUCAGAGAAUUGUUUAAUUAAUGAUCGUUGGCAAGUAAAGAUUAGCGAUUUUGGAUUGAAUAUGAUUAGAGAAAGUCAACCAAUGUCAAAAAGAAAAUUAUUGUGGACAGCACCAGAAUUAUUAAGAGAAAAUAAUCGAAAAGGAACAAAAGAAGGAGAUGUUUAUAGUUUUGCUAUAAUUUGUUGUGAAUUAGUUAAUAGAGAAACUGUUUGGAAUGGAGUUGAAAGAGAAGAUGAUGUUGAUGAUAUUCUACAUCGUCUAAAGCAAAUAAAUACAUCAAUCCCACCAAGGCCUUUAUUACGUAACAAUGAAAAUAUCAAUCAAAAUUUGUUACAUUUGAUAAGGGAUUGUUGGAAUGAAAGGAAUAUUGAAAGGCCAAAAAUGAUUCAAGUUCGUUCAAUGCUAAAACAAAUGGUUAGGGAUGGGAGUCAAAAUUUAAUGGAUUAUGUUUUUGGAAUGUUAGAGCAAUAUGCAAGUUCUUUAGAACAAGAAGUUGAAGAAAGAACUAGAGAAUUAGUUGAAGAAAAAAGGAAAAGUGAUAUUCUUUUAUAUAGAAUGCUUCCAAAACAAGUUGCCGAUAAAUUAAAAUUGGGGGAAUUUGUUGAACCAGAACAAUUUAGUGCAGCAACAAUAUUCUUUUCUGAUGUUGUUUCAUUUACAACAUUAGCUAGUAAAUGUUCUCCUUUACAGGUUGUAAAUUUGUUAAAUAUGCUUUAUACAACAUUUGAUGGAAUAAUUGACAGCCAUGAUGUUUAUAAAGUUGAAACAAUUGGAGAUGGUUAUUUAGUUUGUUCCGGAAUCCCUCGUCGGAAUGGAAAUGAUCAUGCAAAGGCUAUUGCUGAAUUAUCUUUUGCUUUUCUUCGUUCUGUUUCAAAUUUCAAAGUUGACCAUUUGCCAAAUGAACGUGUUAAUUUACGUAUUGGAAUACAUACUGGACCAGCAGUAGCUGGAGUUGUUGGAUUGACAAUGCCUCGUUAUUGUUUAUUUGGAGACACUGUAAAUACAGCUAGUAGAAUGGAAUCUAAUGGAAGACCUAGUAAAAUUCAUAUUUCUUCCGAAACAAAUAAAUACUUAACAAAUAUAAUUGGUGGCUAUUUAACCGAGCCUAGAGGCGAAAUAAUUAUUAAAGGAAAGGGAGUUAUGGAAACAUUUUGGCUUAUUGGACAUUCUAAUGACCUUGAUAUUAACAAUAAUAAUUCUUUUAUGUGGAAUGAACUUCCUACUAUUAAUGAGGAUUUAUUAAAUAAUGAAGAAGAAUAA